AUGGCUGCCGCUCCACGGCCUGCCCCGCACAUCGAUGCCUCGACAUCCUGGUUGCUGUUGGAAGAGGAGACAGCCGAAGCGCGCCUGUUGGUUAUGGUCUCGCAGGUGCUUGGCGUUAGCACCGACAGGGUCCAGGUGCACCAGUCGUUCCGGGAGCUUGGGGGCGAUGAGCAGCGGGCAGUUGCCCUGAGGAAGGCCUGCAUGGCCGCUGGCAUGGACGUCAAGGUCAAAGACAUCCUGCGUUGCGCGACCCUCGCCGAGCUGCAAACAUGCAUCACCCCCUGCGCGCCACCAAACCAACACUCCGCGAUCGAUCCCGCCGGUCCUGUCGAGGUCGCACCACUCGAGAUCAAGCGAGCGAACCGCACGUCCAUUAUGCCCGAACCCACGGACGGUCAACUGCCAACACUGAGUCGCGCGGAGCGGGAGGAGGAACGACUACGAUCACUCGAAAAGAAGAAAGACAUUGGGGAAGCACUAGGGUCACAGCCUGAGGUCGGGAGGAUAGUAGCUUUACGUCCUAAGGCUGGACUCCUGGAUGGAAAACUCGUCGCACUUCUGACGCUAUCGAGCGCCACCAGCACGGAAACGACAACGAAUCCAGACAACCCGGCCGCGAUCAGCCUCAUACACCAGUCACACGUGCUCUUUGCCGGCACCCAAAUAUUACAUCUCAAAGCCGCGGCCGAAGCUACGCUUAUCCCACAGGCCAUCCCAGAUUUGUGGAUCGUUUUGGACGCCAUGCCCCUGACGGAGGCGGGCGCCGUGGACGUACGGCGACUACGGACCUGGGCACAAAAUAUGAACGAGGAGAUCUACCACCAAGCGUUGAGUUUGGAGCACCAGGAGGUCCUACAAAGUCCGGAAACCGGGAUGGAAAAGUCAAUACAGAGGCUGGUCGGCAAGAUUCUGGAUGUUCCCCCCGGCCAAAUUGGCGUGAACUUUUCCUUUUCGCAGCUGGGAGGCGACGAGAUGACCGCGAUGGAACUAGCGGCGAGAUGCAAGCACGAGUCCAUCUACAUCAAUCCUACGGAAGCCCUUGGGUCAAUGUCAUUAUCCGAGCUCGCGGCGAUUGCCGUAUCUAGGGGCGGUCUGGCGCACAAGUGGGAUGAGGAGACGUCCGAUUGUUUCGAUCUUUCUCCUAUGCAACACCUUUAUUUCCAGACCAGCAUGGGUGGGGAUUUGAGACGACGGCCCGCACUAGAUGGGAGCUACCGCUUCAACCAGAGCCAACUUCUGCGGGCGAAAAAGGUGUUUUCCUUUGAGGACGUCUCGGCAGCCAUCGAGGCCAUUGUUGCCCACCACCCCAUGCUGCGGUCUCGGUUUGGUCGGGGCUUGCACGGAUGGGUACAAAGGAUACUGCCCGACGUUGCGGGUUCUUACACUCUCAAUCACGGCAUGAUUGGCUCGGAAAGUGAUUUGCAGGCGGUCAUCGAGCGGACACAACAGGCUAUCAACAUUGAGACUGGGCCCAUCUUUGCGGUCGACUACCUCGUUUCCCACGACGGGCAGCAACUGGUGUAUCUUGCGGCUCACCAUCUCGCGGUUGAUCUUCCGUCCUGGCGAACCAUUAUCCGAGACCUGGAUGAAUUGUUGGAAAACGGCAGCUUGCUGUCACAGAGGUCUAUGCCCUUCCACAAGUGGGUGGACCUCCAGAAGGCGGAGGCAAUGGGGCCGGACACUAAGGACCUUCUUCCUUACGAGCUCCAACCGGGUGACUAUGCCUAUUGGGGCCUGCAGGAUACGCCGAACACCUACGAUGACACAAUAGAAGCGAAUUUUACGCUGAGCCAAGAGCUUACCACCCUUCUCCUGACUUCUUGCAACGAAGUCUUCAAGACCGACCCGGCCGACGUGUUUCUCGCUGCACUGAUGCUUUCCUUUGCCGAAACUUUCCAUGAUCGGCCUGUCCCGACCGUCUGGAACCAGGAACAUACCAGGGAAACGUGGAACCCGGAGGUUGAUAUUUCCGACACCGUCGGUUGGUUUACAUCACUAUGCCCCAUCAGCCUCAACAUUGACACAUCCGACGGUUUCAUCAAAAUCCUUCGCCAACUCAAGGACACCCGACGGUCGAUACCUGCUCGAGGUGGCCAAUAUUUCGCUUCGCGGUUUUACCACUAUGACAAGGAGGACCUGGCGGCAAAAGACUGGCCGUUUGAGAUCAUCUUCAGCUACGCCGGCGCCUUGGAAAACUUGGGGAAGGAGAAUGGCAUUAUUGAGCAAAUCCCCAUCCCAGGCCAAACCCUUGUCUCACCUCACUCUGGAGUUGGGGGAAAUGUCGGCCGGGUCGCGUUGUUUGAAGUGAACUCAGUGGUAGCCGAUGGAAGCGCUAGGAUUGUCUUCCUCUACAACCGCUUCUCUAAGGACCAGGCACGCAUUGCACAGUGGGUCCAAAACUACGAACACUUUCUCCUCGAGGCUAUUGGGAAGCUGCGUUACCACCCACAGGAGUUGACUCAGGCCGACGUUCCACACCUUGAUGUCACGUACGAGGGCCUGGACAAGUUCAACACCGAACGCGUGGCCACGCUCAAGCUGGCCAGCGUUCGGGACGUAGAGACGAUAUACCCCGUCACCGCGGUGCAGCAAAGCAUCCUCAUCAGCCAAGCGCAGCGGCCGGACACAUGUUAUUUGCACGCCAUUUAUGAGUUUGCCUCGCCUAAUGGUGACCCGAUCGAUACGGCGAGGAUAUGCACGGCAUGGCAACAAGUGACUGUGAGGCAUCCAGCACUCCGGACGGUGUUUACAGAAAGUGUCACCGAGACCGGUCUGUGGGACAAGGUCAUUCUUCGCCGGACGUCACCAGACAUGCUGUUCAUCGAUACCGCGCCGGCUGAGGAUCCUGUCUAUGAGUUGAGCAACCUGCCGAAUUUGCGGCCGACAGAAAGCAAACCGCUCCAUCGACUCACGGUCUGCAAGGCCCCCACGCGGACGUUGGUGAAGCUGGAUAUCAGCACCGCCCUCUGUGAUUCCCUCAGCAUCCAUGUUCUCCUCCACGAUUUGCGACGUGCUUAUGCAACCGAGCGGGCGAUCACCGACGCCGACCAGUUUUGGUGGCCACAUUACCUCUACUUUCUCAAAACGGUCCGGCAGGAAAACAGUCUGGUGUUCUGGCGCGAGAAGUUGAAAGGGAUUCCGCCGUGUAUUUUCCCUCGUCUUAGCGUCCUGCCUGGCGAACUCGGCUACACUAGCACUUGCAUCGAAUUGGACAUCACUUCAUACCAGCUGUCCGCCUUCACACGAACUCAAAAAACGACCGUCGAUGCCGUGCUGCGGCUUGCGUGGGCCUUCAUCUUGCGAUACUUCACCGGCUCGAGCCGGGUUUGUUUCGGUUACCAGACCAUGGGGCGGGACGAUUCUCUCCUCGGGAUGAGGCACGCCGUCGGCUCCUUCUCCAACAUUGUUGCAUGCAACUACGAGCUCUCGUCCCACAGUCCGGUGUCAGCGGCCCUGAAGAUGGUCGAAGAUGAAUUCGCCACCUGUCUCCCCCAUCAACAUUUCACUCUCGCCGAGCUCCAACAUGCGAUGGGCGUCAAGGGCGGUGAUCGCCUGUUCAACUCUUGUCUAACCUUUACAGAAGAGCCCGCGGGUCUCAACAGCAAGUUUACCACCCGCACGAAUUUUGAACUCAAGCCUAUUUCCCUCCUGCAAACCUUUGACAUGGACGUCGUCGUCAACACACGGUUUGCCAGCGGUAAGCUUACGGUCGACAUUGGCCAGCGCAUGAUGUCGUCUGAGCAGUCCGUGAAUGUUGCCAACACGUUUGGGAAGACGAUCCGCGCGAUCCUUGCGACUCCGAGCGCUCCCAUCGGAAUGGUAGAGCUGUUUAGCGACCGGGACUACGCCCAGAUUGUGGAGUGGGAAGCGGAAAACCCGCCAGAAGUAGAGGAGCAGCUGCAGGAUGUCGUUCAUGAUCUUGUAUCGCAGCAGGCGGAGAGGCAGCCGUCCUCUCAGGCAAUCUGCUCGUGGGAUGGGACCCUGACAUACUUGGAACUGGAGGAAGAGGCGACCAGGUUGGCGCAUCACUUGGUAGAUGCCGGUGUUGGGCCCCAUUCGGUUGUGCCUGUGGUGAUGGACAAGUGUCGGCUUGCGCCUGUUGCUAUGGUCGCCGUCUUAAAGGCCGGCGGGGCGUUUGUCCCCAUCGACUCGCAGGAUCUUAACCUGAUCCAGUCCAUUUUCGAGCGUCUCAACUCUAGGGUCGCCAUCUCCUCAGAGGCGGCCGCAUCUGUUCUCAAUAACCUUUUCGAGCGCGUUGUCAUCGUAUCUGACGAGUUGAUGAACGUAUUACCAAGGGGCCAAGGAUCAAUAACAUCCAUGGCCGCCUCGAGCGAUCCGGCGUGUAUUCUAUUCGUGCCCACAUCAUCCAACGAAGCCAGAGGUGUCACCUUCAGUCAUGCCGCCUUGUCAACAACACUCCGUGGCCAAGGGCCGGCAGCCAGGAUCACACCUCUCAGCCGGGUGAUGCAGCUAUCUUCGUUCAAGGUGGACAUUUGCAUUUCCGAAAUCUUCACCACGCUAGCGAUAGGCGGCUGUGUCUGCAUACCACAACCGAUGAAGAACUUGGAGGACUUUGGUGAUGCGGUCAAACGGAUGCAGGUCAACUGGUCGUACAUGACGCCAAUGUUGUCACGCAAGAUUGAUCCGACGCUUCUCCCUUCGCUCAAAGUUGUGUGCUUCCGGACCCGGGGCCUUGACGAGGAUACGUACAAUAUCUGGCACGGCAAAGUCAACGUGGUCUUGGCGUAUGGCCCGAAUGAUGUGUGUCCGCUCGGUAUCGCGUUUCUCGAAGCGCUGGGGCCUCAUCACCUCAGGAGUAUUGGGCGGCCAUUUGCGGGAAAUCUCCUUAUUGUCAACCCGGAGGACCACAAGAGGCGGGUUCCGGUCGGCGCUGUGGGCGAACUUGUCAUCGAAGGCCCGACUGUGGGGUUCUCGUACCCGAAUAGGGAGUCCAUGAUGACCCCCAUGACCCCCAUUGGACCGGCCGCAGGGAUCAAGUCCCGGCAUUUCAAGACUGGGCACCGCGCAAGAUACACGGAGAAAGGCUUGAUCGAGUUCAUCUCAAACAAGCCGGAGGGACUCGACAACAGUGGUAAGGCGUUGAAUUUGACGGAAAUCGAGCAGCACAUGCGUCGGUUUCUGGGGCAAGGGGUGGACGUUGUGGUGGAGCAAAUCACAUUUCGUGGGCAUGCGAAGAAUGACAUUCUGCUCGCUGCGUUUGUUGAGCUCAGCGACCGAUUCAAGGACGACGAAACUCUCACGACACUGAGCGUAGGAACCAAGGAGUCCCUAGCACUGGCCAAGCAGUUUGUGGAAACCGGGAUGAAGAACAAGUUCCCGCCUUCCAUGAUACCAUCUGCGUUUAUCCCGGUCAAGCAGUUGCCCAUCACGGCAUCGCUCAAGGUCAACAGACCCCGACUGCAGAAGAUGAUCGCUGGUUUGACCAAGGACGAUCUCCUUAACUUGGCGACGGUCCCCAAUUCCGCCAAGUUUCAGCACCUGAAGCCGUUACCCCUGACACAGGGCGAAGAAAAGAUGAGAGCGAUCUGGGCGCGCGUACUGGGCGUGGAGGAGGCCAAGAUUUCGGCUGUUGAUAACUUUUUCGGCGUCGGAGGAGACGACAUCGUGGCUGCCCGGCUCGUGACCAUGUGCAGACAGCAAAACAUACCCAUUUCGAUCGCCGAUGUGCUGCAAAACGCAACGCUCACAGAUCUCAGCCGGGCCGUUGCCAGUGCUGACACACCACAGAUUGCGCAAGACGACUCCCCGGCAGUGAUUCCCGGCAUCACGCCCCCACCGGCACCGGCGAAUGCAGUUGCCCCGAUCAAGGAGGUGUUCAUCGGGGAGGUCAUCGCGCCCGGGGUGGGAGUCGAUGCAAGUGUUAUCGCGGACGCGGCCGAGGCGUCGUCGGCACAGAUCCGGUACAUCGAGACGGGGAUGCUUCAGGCCCGGACCAACAUCAACCACCUCGUGUUCAACUUUUCCGGCGCGGUCGACUCGAAGAAACUUGAAGAGGCCUGCAAGCGCCUUGUCACGCUCCAUCCCAUUCUCCGCACCGCGUUCGUCCCGCACAAUCGUCGGGUGUACCAAGCGGUCAUCAAGCCGAGCGGCAUUGAGUUUCGCCGGCAUCACUCUGCAACUUGGCGCCUUUCCAACUUGCUCGAGAAGGUCAUCAAGAAAGACCAAGCGAUGCCCAUCCACUUCGAGAACCCGGUGACCAAGUUCAUGUUUCUCGACGGCGGCAAGCAAUCGGUGCUUAUCCUACGGUUGUCCAAGGCCCAAUACGACGAUCUCUCGGUUGCACUACUCGUUAAGGACCUGAAACGGUUGUACGAUGGUUCCCAGACCCCUCCUCGUCGGUCAAGCUACUGCGAGUUCAUUCGCACUACGCAGAUUGCGAACUCACUGGCUGCGGAAGAGUAUUGGCGCGCCCUGUUAGAAGGCUCGAACAUCACGCAAAUCGUCGGCCACCAGCACCCGUACGAGAUGUCGAUCAACGUCCAGACUGUGCGCAAUCCGGCCUUGGCAAUCGGGUCGGUCACCAGCUUUGGCCUAACCUUUGAAACCGUCCUCAAGAGCGCGUGGGCCAUGGUGCUGGCUAAUCUGUCGGCUUCGGAUGAUGUCGUGUUUGGCGAGGUGAUCGAAGGCCGACGUAUGCGGCUUCCUGGAGGCCACUCUGUGGCCGGCGUCAUGGGGCCGACAGUCAACACCAUCCCGGUCCGUGUGGUGUUCCCAGAUACGCCGUUGACUCCGCAGAACCUGCUGCAGUACGUCCAUAGCCAGCGUCUGUCGAGCAUUCCGUUCGAGAAUCUCGGCACGUUGACAAUUGUCGAGAAAUGCACGCCGUGGGCGUAUUGGAGCCGAUUCAGUACCGUGGUGCAACAUCAGUGCGAGGAGACUGCCAUCAACCCGUCGGAGUCCAAGUCCUUUCACCUGGGCACGGCGGCUUGCAAGUUCACCAUCAAUGAAUCCAAGGCACAGGAUAUCCCGGACCUUUUUGUCAGGUCACUCGUUCGUCCGGGCGACAAGGUGGAGGUUUCCAUCUCGUUCUGCGCCGACCGUGUCACGGAGAAGUUUGCGGAGCACGCGCUCCGCAUGCUCUGCUUCACUAUCAGUCUCCUCACGGGCGUAAGCAUGAUGCAGCCCAUUAUCCCCUGCGGGUUCCAGUACAAAGCUAUGGUCAAGAGGAUCCCGCUGCCCGCGAAACCGGCCCCGCUGCUGGAUCCGGAUGCACUGGAGAAGAUGCUCAACACGAUCGGCAAAGCACAAGUGGACACGAUCCAGUCUGCUAUCAUGAGCACGUGGGACUCGACACUUUGCCCCCGCGCGUUGGGUGUCUCUGACUCCGAAAUUCUGAACGCAGCGUUCUUUGAUCUCUGGGGCAGUCUCAUCCCCGCGAAUCAAAUCAUGAAGAAGCUGAAUGCCGAGUUGGUCAAGAUCAACCUGCCCGGGGUUGAAGGGAUUGUUCAAGUCACGAUGGAAGAGAUCAUCCAGAAUCCGUCGAUGCAUAAGCAAUUCGAUCUUAUCGCGUCCAAGGUCAAGGCUCCUAUCCUCAAGGACGGCCAAAAAGGUAAGGAGAAGGAGAAAGAGAAAGAGAAAGAGGUACUGGAUAAGGGUAUCGGAAGCAUCCGCCCUGGAACCCAAAAGCCUAGGCGGAUGCCCAGCAUGAAUGUAUCGGCCCCAGCCCCGUCAUUCACCAACCGUCUCCGUCGGUUGGCUAGCACCGUUACCCGGAACCCACCACCGCCAACAAACAACCUCGCUAGUACCGCUGUGAUCAGACACCACGCCAACUUCCGACCUCCGCCCACCCCGACGUCACCGGUUGCCAUCGGGCUCGCCUCAGCCAUGGUUGCCGACAUGGCGCCCUCGCCCAAGAUCAUCUCCAGCGUCAGCCCCAACCUCUCCAACCUCUCGGGCGCCCUAACUCCACGACCAACGCCGACGCCAAACACAAGUAGCUUCAGUCCCAACCUCUCCGUUUCCAACGCAGCCCCGCAACUCCCCAGCCUCCCCGCGUUCGAGCCCAUCGUGGAAGAGACCGAGCCAUUCGAGAGCUCCACGAAAGACACCAUCCCUCCUGCACCACACUCCGCGCCCUUACCGGGUACCCGCGUAGCCGCGCCCCAGGGCAUCGGCAUCUUCCUCUCCGAACCCGACAGCAUGACAGAAGGCAGCACAGGAAGCAGCACCAACGCCUCCACCGAAAUGACCCUCGCCAUGACCUUAGGCUUGGGAGCACGAAGCGAGAUCAAAAACACCGACCUCGAGCGUGACGGGCCCAAAAACUUUGAUAAUAACACCUUUACCACUUUCACCACCACCACCAUGGGGGGUAACACCGUUAUCGCCGACACUGCGGCGUCCAUCGACAGCCACGACAGCGGUCGUGACACACUUGGCCCGCUGCCGGGGAAUAUCACGGCGGCGUAUGUUGCUAAGGCGCCUGGGGGGAUGCGCGUUGCUUUGCCGGGUAGCAUCCCCACAAUGACAGCAACAGCAACGACAAAGGCCUCACCGGCGAUGAAAUCGGCUUCCUCAGAAGAGGGCAUGGAGGAUCUAGUCAGUCCGUUGAGCGCCAUCACGCUUACGCCGGGUAGUGGAGGAGGUGCGGGUGGAGGGAAUGUGAGGUAUUUUGGGGUGCAUCAGGGACAGCAGCAGCAACAGCAGUCGCAGGGUUUUGGUCAGGGGCAGAUGGGGCAGAUGGGGCAGAUGGGGCAAAUGGGAAGGGGACAUGGGAGGCAUGGGAGUGUUGGGACUGUUAGUCCUGAUACGCCGAAGAAGGGGAUCUGA